UGGACUAUAAAAGUGAAUCGCAAGACGCAGUUCAACAUCAAUCACUCAACACUUCUUGGAACAACACAUCCAUUCAAUUAAACAAUUCAAAAUGUUCAAAUUGGCAAUUGUUGUUUUGGCCAUUGUUGCCUCAGCCUGUGCCAAGCCAGGAAUUGUUGCACCACUUGCAUACAGUGCUCCAGUUGUAGCCGCCCCCGGUGUGGUAACCGCUACAAGCUCCCAAGUUGUUGCUCGUAACUACAAUGGAUUAGCUGCUGCUCCAAUUGUUGCUGCCGCUCCUGUUGCAUACGCUGCUCCUGCGAUUGCCGCCCCAUUGGCCUACUCAGCUUACACUGCUUCAGUAGCCGCUCCAGUAGCUGCAGUAGCCUCUCCCCUGAAAUACACCGCUGCACCAAUCUUGUUGUAACUCGUCCGGCAAUAAAAGUUAAUAUCUGAA